UCUGGCAGGCAGACGGGAUCGCGUGGCGUGGAACCCCCAACCGUGAAUCAUCCUCUCAGCGGCCACUAGCCUUCACGCGUUCGUCUCCUCCUCGCCAUGAAUCCCACCGUCCACUUGCUUGCGGAAUUAAACGCGAAGUCGACGGCGACGUCUCGCCGCCGUGCAGUGGAGGGAGAUUAGCAGGGGCACUUCGCUUUGCAUGUAGGGUUGUAGGUUUUGCCGGGUAAGAGCCGUUUGUGGAAUCAGCGAGAAGGUGACGGGAGAGGGCAAGCGAAGCAGAGGCCAAGAACCCCGAAUAAAUAAAGGGAGGGGGCGAGAGGAGGUGGCCGGCACUGUGGCGCAAGCUGAUGAUUCGUCGCCUCGUCUCUCCUGUUGCUCUCUCUGAAGGAGGCGGCGGCGGCGGGCCAACUAGUUUUCGGAUUCCGGCGUCGUUUGGAGUUGUCCUGUACUCCGUCCUGCGUUUGGGGGAAAACAACAAGCCAACGGAACAACCUGAAAAAGUGAGGAGAGACGAGCCCCCCAAUUUUGUCCUGCUUCCUUUCUUCGUCGUCGUCUUCCUUCUCUUCCUUUUUGUCUCUCUCUCCCUUGACCAUCUUUUGUUGGCUGUGAGCUGAAUUCGGAGCACGCCGGCCUAAUUUUAGCUCGCCCGGAGAUCACCCCCGGGCAAAUUUCUUGAGGGGCAGCUCCGGUGGCUUGCUAGGCUGGGUUCUUCCCCCAGUCUGCUCGGUUCCACGCCAUGGAGGUAUAGCCGGCCACUUGCAGGUGCCGGAGCUCGCGUUUCCUGACGCGCUUUCUGGCUUUCUGCAAGAAUUUCAUCCCUCCAAGAACAGAUUCUUCGCCACAACCGUUGUGGUCUCGUUCGAGCCCCAAUUUUUUUUUGAAUUUGGCUUCGGCUUCCGCUGCCUCUCGCGGCGCAAAAGGAUGCUCCUUUUGUGACCGACCAAUAAGGUUGGAUUCUCAUCACCUCCGUGGCUGUCGAUUGGCUUCUGUUCUUCUUGGCGAGGUAGACAGCGUCAGAUGCCCAACCCUCGUGAUUGCAGCAGCAGCAGCAGCGGCGUUGGUGGGCCGAGCGCCGGGGACGCCAAGGACUUGCCCCAACUUUUCCUCAGGGUGGGCGCGGCCGUCACGCUCUCCGUCGCCGGGCUGCUCUUCUCGCGGCGCCAGCGGCCGCCCGGGCAGCUCCUGCUGCCGCCACCUCCUCCUCCUCCCUCAGAGUCGGAUGAUGCUUGCGGCAUGAAGGCCAGAACAGGGCUCAAGGAGCUGAGGAUCCUCAAAAAUGAGGAUACCAAGGCGAAAAUUAUCAGUGGGAACUCUGUGCACACGACCACUACCACUACGACAACCACCACCAAAGCAUUAGUACCAUUGGCCCCUAAAUGCAGAAGCCUUGCUGACGAUGAAGGGUACCUCCUUCCAGAGUUCAAUGAAAUGGUUCUCAAUGAAUUUGGCCGAGAUAUAGACAGCAUUCCAACCACACCUGCAGCAAGAGUAAGGGAAGAUGUAUCAAAUGACCACGAAGUGCACAAGCUUAGAGAUUUGGUGAGAUCACUGCAAGAAAGGGAGAAGACCCUGGAGCUACAGCUUCUGGAGUGUUAUGGUUUGCAGGAGCAAGAUGCUGCAGUGAGGGAGCUUGAGAAUCAGCUGAAGAUUAACAAUGUCGAAUCAAAGUUGUACUUGUUGAAGAUUGAAUCUUUACAGUCUGAAAACCAGAGGCUGCAAACACAGUUUUCAGAGAACUCAAAGAUAAUCUCUGAGCUUGAGGAGACAAGAACAAAGUGCAAGUUGCUGAAGAAGAAGUUGAUAUCAGAUGCAGAACAGGCAAAGGAGCAAAUCACUUCCCUUCAGAAAAUGGUCGAUUCAUUGCAGCACAAACAGACUGAUGAGGAGAAAAAUCAUAUUGAGUUUGAAAAAAAACUGAAGAAACUAGAGGAGCUGGAAAAGGAGGCAACAGAGCUAAGAGCUGCAAAUUCAAGACUGCAGCAAGAGAAUGCCCAUCUUAUUAGGCGACUGGAGGUUACACGCCUACCCCCUGUACCUAAGCCCAAAAAUAGCAUGGAGGUAAAAGCAUUGGAGGAGGCUGAUCGAUUGAAGCAAGAAACUGAUAAAUUGGCUAAAGAGGUUGAACAACUUCAGAGUGACAGGUUUGCAGAUGUUGAAGAAUUGGUAUAUCUGAAAUGGAUAAAUGCCUGCCUACGGUAUGAGUUGAGAAACAAGGAUGCUCCAUCAGGGAAGACUGUUGCGCGAGAUCUUAGCAAGACCCUGAGCCCCAAAUCUGAACUGAAGGCCAAGCAGCUGAUAAUGGAAUAUGCCAAUGGGGGUGCAGAGGACAGUCACUUGGGCCAUGUCGAAUUUGGUUCAGAGUGUGCUUCCUCACGGGCUUCGUCAGGUGAACUGGAUGAUGUAUCAAUUGAUAUUGCUUCGAUGACAAAGCAUAAUAAUAAUGAUAAUAAAAACCCAAAAAAGAAAAAGUUCUUCUCUAAGCUUCGGAAACUGGUGCUGGGAAAAGGGAAGGAGAACCGUGAAGUUUCUACUCUGGAGAGGAGAGUGUCUAUUUCAAGUUGUUCAUUCGAUGACUUCACUGGAAGGGAUUCACAUGAUAGCUAUUCUUCAUUCAUGGCAGAACCAAACAUAUCUGAUAGUCGACGACAUGGUGAUCAUGGCUUUGGUACACAUUCUUCUUUCGACAGUGCAAAAUCUAGUCCUCGUGGAACAGAAAUUGUAGGUGAAAGAAGUGACGAUUCUGGGAUCAAGACUGUAUGUUCUAGAGAGGAAAAGGUAAAUGCAUUUGGUCACAGUGCUCGCCUUGAUAGUAGCAAGGCUAUACCUGAGGAUGUUGAGAUCCAUAAAUUUGCUGAUGCGCUGAUCACAUCAAGGUCAGGUUCCAUGUCAUCAAGAAAGUCGUCAUCCUUCCGACACUGAUAUACGAAUAGAUUAGGAGUCAUCUGCUACUGACCCAUCUGCCUGGAUGUAUAUUUCUGUCGGUUCUUGAUGGGGAAGUUAUAGGAGAUGUUACUGGAAUAAAGUUCUGAAUACUUUAUUCUUUGUACAAUCACAUAUAGGAUGUAGUUUAUACUUACCUUUAAUACCAACCCCUACCACUUGGGCUGGUAAUGUGUAUCAUAGCCACAGUUCAAUGGCAAACAUACAACACUUCUUUUAUGUCGCUUA